UCUUCGACAUCGGUAACAACAACGAGCAGAAACAAAGCGGCUCCUAAGCGUAACACAACAGGCCUACACCCAACCAGCUAAAUCAACUCGCUUGAAUUAUUUUUUCAUCGAAAAAAGAAAAGAAAAGAAAAAGUUCAUCGUCUAAAAGCGACACAUCGAGUCCGGACAUUUGGUUUUCUAUUGGCGAGGAUCUCUCAUCAGAUUUUUCAAAUUUAAAGUGCAUCAAGUCACCGAUAUCAUGGGGCUUCAAUCGUCCCGAAGCCUAACGAUGGUGCUCUCACUUUACGUCAUGCUGAUGGCGAUCAACUGGACCUGUGCGAGCAUCCAGUAUCGCAUGUUUGAUGCGGUGAAUCCGUUCACCUUCGGCGGGUUACGCAACGCUAUUCUACAUCGCCAACUGCAACAAGAACAGGCAUCAGAGAGUGUCUCCUGGCCGAAAUUCAUUCCGCUCAAUCAAGGCCAGCGUAACAUACGACAAUUCCAGCACGUUGCUGGUUCAUCUUCUUUCAUUCCGCUAGGAAAUCUGGAAGUCGAACACAGGGCGGUAGAUCAUCCGGCACCGAUUCAGCAACAAUACGAAGUUCAGAAUUCAACACCUGCACCCCAGACGGAAUCUCCCAUUGUUUAUAGGCCGUACACUCCGCCUGUUCCGCAACCCCUGCCCCCACCGUACAUCUCACCCGCUCAACAGUCAGCCUCUGCCCCGGCGCCUUACAAUCCAUUUACUGCUCCUCCUCAGCCAACGACUCCUGCCCCGGCGCCUUACAAUCCAUUUACUGCUCCUCCUCAGCCAACGACUCCUGCCCCGGUAACUUACAACCCUUACAACACGCCUCCUCCGCUGCCUACACCCAUCCCAACACCUUUCUCCCCAUACAUCGCCCCUAACCCGCAACCUCAACCCAUUCCGGCCCCUUUCCCCCCGCACAUUGCCCCGGUUCAACAACCUCAACCCGCUCCAACACCUUUCACCCCAUACAGUGCCCCGGUUCAACAGCAUCAACCCGUUCCAAUCCCAUUCACCCCGUACAACUCCCCCGCCCCACAGCCAACACCAUUUGCUCCCAGCGACGCGUCUGGAACGUACUCUAAAGCCGAACAAAUAUUUUCAAACCACCAAUCCUAUCAAUCCGCCUCCCAACCCGAACCGGUAGCAAAUGCCCGAUCGCCCUACGAAGCUGCCGAAACGCAAGGACCUUACGGGCCACCCGAACCGACGGAACAAUUUUCCGUGUUCCAGGAAAUGGCUCGCCAAAAUUUGAUCAGCUGGCCAGACAACUACGUCCAACAGCAGCCGGCCCAAGCCCGCAAUGCGCAAUACCCAACACCGCAGCAGGUUGAACAUCAUCGCAGUUCUUACGCGUCGUCGAGAAACCUCAACUUUGAACCUUCGUACAACCAAUUCGCCAAACGCUCGUUGGAAUCGCCACCAUCCCCGCUCGAUUUGGGUUUCCCUUCGAUCAGUAGCACCGCAGAAAACUGGAACAUGGAUGUCGAUUGGUCCAUCUUUGCGGGCAAAAGAAAGCGUCGGUCAGCCCAACGACCAUCUCGCGACCACGGCCGCCGAAAGAUCAUUGAAGAUUACGACAACAUCGCUAUCGAAGGAAGACAAGCGUCCGAGACCCGCGUUCCAGCACCAUCGUCUCGUUCAGCACCAAGCAAGCGUGAAGGAAGCAAACAAGAAUACAAACAAGAAUACGACGGCCCUUACGUUUACACGCAACUAUUCGGUCCGCCUUACGAAGUAGGUUACAUCAGGAGCCCCAUUCCAUCGAAACACGUUUACGAGGAUUAUCUGCAAUUCGUUCGAUCGUGGAGCGCGGCUAGUCGAGAUGCCGUCGAUGAUCAGCUGAGAGCUAAUCCGGCUGCCGCAAAGGAGUACUCCUCAGUUAAAUACAAGGAAAAUACUCCGGCUUACAAAGAGACGUCUCAAAAGGACAGUUACAAAGAGCCGGAAUACAAAGAAACUACACCGGCCUACAAAGAAUCUGCACCGGCUUAUAAGGAACCUGCCCCGGCUUACAGCGAACCCGAAUACAAAGCCCCAUCGUUCAAGGGACCAUCGCAAUCUUACAAGGAGCCGGCAUACACGGAAACCGACUACAAGGAGCCAGCUUACAAAGAGCCCGCAUACAAGGAUUCAACUCCAGCUUACAAGGAGCCUGCGUACAAGGAAUCCGCACCGGCUUACAAGGAGCCCGAAUACAAAGCCCCACCUUUCAAGGGACCUUCUCCAUCUUACAAGGAGCCAGCCUACACGGAGACGGACUAUAAGGAGCCUGGACACAAGCAACCCGCCUACAAGGAGCCCGCCUACAGCAAGGAACCCGAAUACAAGGCGCCCGCCUACAGCAAGGAACCCGAAUACAAGGAGCCCGCCUACAGCAAGGAACCCGAAUACAAGGAGCCCGCCUACAGUAAAGAACCCGAAUACAAGGAGCCCGCCUACAGUAAAGAACCCGAAUACAAGGAGCCCGCCUACAGUAAAGAACCCGAAUACAAGGAGCCCGCCUACAGUAAAGAACCUGAGUACAAAGAGCCAGCCUACAAGGAGCCAGCCGCCGCUUACAAAGAACCUGCCUACCAAGCGCCUACCCCCGCAUACAGCGAACCGGCGUACAAAGAGGCAGCACCUGCCUACAAAGAACCCGAAUACAAGGAUCCAGCUCCAGCGUACAAGGAACCCGCCUACAAGGAGCCGGCCUACAACAAGGAACCCGAAUACAAAGAACCCGCCUACAAAGAGCCUGAAUACAAAGAGCCUGCUUACAAAGAAGAAUCUUACAAGGAGGCCCCUCGCACGGAUAGGCCGGUUUUCAGGGACGAGAUUCACUAUAGAGAAACACCUCACAAAGAGACGGCCCACAAAUCAGCCUACAAAGGAGAGACCUACGAGGCCCCCAAGAUCAACUAUCACUCGCCACAGUCCGACUACGUCGCUCCUGAAAGUGAAUUCAGACCGACGAGCAAACCGUACGAGGCCGCCGGUCCCAAAUCGCCCGUCUACAUGGAACGUGAUUUCAUUCCCAUCAAAAGCCAAGCAGCAAAUUACGACACGCCCACCACUACAUACCGCACGACUACUACUUACAAUGAUGCUCCUCUCUCUUACGAUAUCUUGAAAGCAUUUGAGAAAGCUCGUCCAUCUGCUAACGCAUACCCACCGACCGCCGUUUACGAACCGGUCACUGCCAAAUACAAAGCUCCCGAAGCAUUGUACGAUUCACCUACCCAGGGUUACGACACUGUUACUACGAAAUACAAGGCAACGGAAGCACCGUACGAAGCACCGAAAUACGAGCAGUCAGCUUACGAGGCUCCUAAACGUUACAUCGAAACGCCACCCGUUCGUGAUUAUUUGCCAGCCAAGAAAUACGAGAAUCCUCCAGCACGGACCUCGCCCUCUGCCGCAUAUUACAAACCUCCAAACAGGUACGUCGAGCCACCUGUUCAUGGAUCGAAAUACGAAGCACCGGCAGCCUAUGAAACCCCCGCAAAAUACUCUGAACCGGCCUAUGAAGCUCCUAAAACUUACGAUGCUCCUGCAUAUCCGGCUACGAACAAACCGGAUGCUUACGCUGUCGAAAAAGUAACGACUCCGGCUUACAAGGAAAGUUAUCCGGCCGACGAUUACGCUCCUAGUGGCUACAAAGAUGAUGUCGAAUUGUCCAGCACAAGUUACCAGGCCGUGUCGAAAAAUUACGAUAAUCCCAGUGACGAUUACGCUCAACCGCCAGUGGCUUACGAUCAAGUGAAAAAAACAGAAGAAUCUUACGCUUCAGCUUCGUACGAUGAGACUAAGAAGGAUGACACUUACGGAGCGGAUGCUGGAUCAUCACCCUCAUACGAGGCUCCCAAAAAGAAACAUUAUCCAGUCAUUAUCGGUCGCUAUCAAGUAACUGAUUCUAGUGCCUUCCUGCCCAAAAAGGUGGGCGGAGGUGAAAGUAGCACCGGUGUGAAAUCAGUCGGAUCGCAAGUGCAUGGAUCGAAUGGAGAUGAAUACGUGGUUUAUUACUUACCCUAUGGUCAGCCUCUCCCCGUUCCAGUGCGAAGGCGCAGACACACAGACGACAGCCAACCAAUCUACACCAUCCGGCGCUUGAGGAGCUUGGCUGAUAGACAACGUCAUUCACGCAAGUUGAACGAAGAACGUCAACAGGAGCAACAAGUUCUUACCCCGGAAGAAGUCCACGAACAAUUCAAGUAUUCUUUUCUAAAUGCCAAAACGGAUGAAACUUCGACUGAAUCCGUAGAAGAUGUCACUCGAACAACAGCCGAUGUUCGAUCGCAAGAAGAGUUUCUUUCACACGAGAGUGAGCCGAAAAAGGUACAGGGUGAAGUUAUUUCAUCGUAUGGUGACGUUGGACAGGACGUGACAGUUUCACCACAGGUUGACAAAGUACAGGACAAAAUUGUUUCACAAACUGACAUUGGACAGGACGAAAUCGAUGACACUUUUCCAGCAGAUGGCCUGAAAAACGAGUCACCCUUAGUUGAUGAGAUGAUAGUGGCCCAAAUCGAAGAGGACUUGACUAAAUCUUCAGUGAUGUCUGAGAUUGUACCACAGACUUCGUCAAGGCCCACUGAUGAUAAGCCAGCUGUUGAAGAACCUGUAGGAGAAAUCAUCAUCGUCAAAGUACCAGCAGAAAAUCAAGACGAACGUGUUAUUGUAGCUGUUGAUGAAGUUAGCGUUACCCAUGCCCAAGUCGACGUGACUGAUGAACCUACAGCAGCUUACGAAGAAGGUGGCGUUGCCAAUGUCGACUUCGUCCCAGUGCAGCAGGAUCCAUUCACUUCGGAUGUAUCUUUUAAUACCAAAGAAAUCAAAAAGUAUUCUAUCUACGAUAAGAAAAAGAAUCCAGCAAUCUUCAAACAAUCAAUUUUGCCUGGCUUAACUCAAAAGCCCAUCGGUGACAUUCGACCUUCUGAAACAGCAGCCGAAUCAAAGGAACACUGGAAUGGCUACUCCACCUGGUGGACCAAAUUAGGCUACCGCGUGGCCAAACAUUACAAUUACGAAUAAUUCAAAAGAAUGAAUGAGUUUAUUACCUGUGGUUGUUUGGUAGUCUCUGUUGGUCUUUAAAAAUAUGCGCUGAAUCUACAUUUUGAGCGUCGUAACGCAGUGCCUUUACCCGCCUUUUUUCACCUACCAAAGUUUGUAACCCUUCUAUCAGCUGAUGUAUCAUAGGUGUUUGAUGAAAAGAAUUAUACGAUUUUUACAUUCUCAAUAAACAAUUCUCA